UUCUCCGUUGUUAUCGCCCACACUUUGGUUACGUUUUUCCUAGCCUCGUUUUCAGCUCCUUCAUGUUUAAAAGUUUCAUUAUUGGGUUUACAGUCAGUGCUUCUGUAUCCGUCCCGCAAGGAACGUAGGAGAAAGGAGCAGCCACCGCUGACUGAAACCCGUUUGCGGCGAAUAAUGGAAAAUUCUAAAGUGCUCACGUCCUCAUUCGCCGCCGUCCAGCCCAUCAGGGAAAAUAUUGGGGCGUAUCUACUCAAGUGUUUGUACAGAGCUGCAGAUUCUCGAUUGAUCAAUGGCACUACAGAUGAAUCUCUGUCCUUCGCCGAAGUUGGACGACAGGCUAAUGCCGCUGCCAAGAGCUUUAUCAGGCAUGGCAUCCGAGAAGGAGACAUUGCCUGCUUUAUCACGGCAAACUGUAUGCCGAUAAUCCCUGCCCUAAUAGGUCUGGCUUCUAUCAAUGCUGUCGCCACCUAUGCUGAAAUGAGUCAAGAAGACACAGUGGACCAUCUGAAUAAAUUGAAGGCCGUCGCCAUUUUAUGCGACCCUUCCAGUAUAAAACGAGCGCGAGCAGUCAAGGAAUUGGCACCUUCUGUGGUCAAUUUGUUCGUGAUGGGCGAGUGCGCUGAGUCCGACUGCAUCAGCUGGAACACGUUACUGGCGGAACAGAAUGGCGAUUCUACCGUGGUGGAGGCCCGCUACAUUCCCAAACAUCCCUGUUACAUGCCGACCACGAGCGGAACGACGGGAAAGCCUAAAGUUGCCAUCCACACUCACGAAACAAUCAUGGCUUGCUUUAUGGCCGUCAGUCAUCCUGACCACAUGCCUCUAGGUCCGAAAGAUGUCCUCCUAUCCACCACAGCACUUAUUCAUGUGUACGCACUAUUUGAUUGCACGUGCAAGGCAAUAGUACAGGGUGCAUCGUCCGUUUUCCUCGAACACUGUGAGGGGGACUCUGUCUUGCAAGCCCUACAACGAUACAAGGUCACGUCGCUGCACACGGUGCCUUACGUGGCACAGGCGCUUCUGAACAACCCCAGACUAGAAGACGAUGGCAUCGACACACUGAAGCACAUGACGACAGCGUCAACCUACAUAGCGGAAGCGACUGCUCAGGAGCUACUGACAAGGCUCAAGUUGCAGGACUUUGCCCAAUUGUACGGACAAACUGAGAUCAUCUUCGCUACAGCGGGGGUUUAUGGUGAACGUUCUCGUACAAGAUCCAUGGGGAAGCUGGCAAGUGGUGUGGAAGCUGUUAUACGUGACUGUCAGACUGGUGAACUGCUAGGGCCAGGGCAGCAAGGCGAGCUUUACUUAAGAGGACCUGGUGUGAUGAUAGGCUAUUAUGGCAGGAUGGAUGAGCCCAUUACGGAUUCAGAGGGCUGGCUCAAGACAGGCGAUGUAUGCUACUACGACAGCGAUGGCUACAUCUACCUGGUGAACCGACUCAAGGAGUUCAUCAAGGUGCGAGGCACCACCAUUCCUCCGGCAGCCGUAGAGACGGAUCUACUGCGGUGUCCUCUAGUGAAGGACUGCGCCGUAGUCGGGCUUCCGGAUCCAGAGACGGAACAGGCUCUGCACGCCAUCGUAAUUCCAAGCACCCCAACUGCAAACGAAGAAGAGAUACAGAAGUUCAUGCAAGAGCACGCUCCAGAUUUCUACCAGCUGGAGGGCGGCAUAACAUUGACUGAUCGCAUCCCGAGAAACAAGAUAGGAAAAUUUGUGCGGAAAGAGCUGGUGCAGUGGCUGUUAGAUAGAAAAGAAAAAAAACAAUAAAGGGUUGAACAAUGUA